AUGUCAGACCAGAAGAAGAACGACAACUACUCCAUCGCCAUGGACAAGAUGGACUCGGAGUCGUCCAGCUACAAGCCGCAGCCACCACCGCAACCGCGACACAGCUCGGCCGUCUCCUCUGCAGCAAACAAUGCUACUCUCGCCAUUAUCGCCUACUGUGCUUCCUCCAUUCUAAUGACCGUCACGAAUAAAUAUGUGUUGUCCGGCGUCGACUUCAAUCUCAACUUUUUCCUUCUCUGUAUUCAGUCCAUUAUUUGUAUUAUUGCAAUCCAGUCCUGUAAGACCAUGGGACUCAUCAACUAUAGGGAUUUUAACUCGGACGAAGCUAAGAAAUGGUUCCCGAUUUCUCUCCUCCUUAUCGGCAUGAUAUACACCGGCUCCAAGGCCCUCAAGUUCCUCUCUAUCCCCGUCUACACAAUCUUCAAGAACCUUACCAUCAUCCUCAUCGCGUAUGGCGAAGUCCUGUGGUUCGGAGGCUCUGUCAGUGGCUUGACCCUCUUCUCGUUCGGUCUUAUGGUCCUUAGCUCCGUGGUUGCUGCUUGGGCUGAUAUCACCCAUGCCGUUAGCAGCUCUGCUGGCUCCGGAUCCGCUGCUGUUUCUACCCUCAACUCCGGCUACCUGUGGAUGUUGAUUAACUGCGCUUGUACCGCUUCGUACGUCCUCGGAAUGCGAAAGAGAAUCAAGUUGACCAACUUCAAGGAUUUCGACACCAUGUUCUACAACAACCUCCUCUCCAUUCCAAUUCUCAUGAUCAGCUCUCUCCUCGUUGAGGAUUGGUCUGCUGCCAACGUGGCCAAGAACUUCCCAGUCGAAACCCGUAACAGGCUCUACCUCGCUAUGCUCUUCUCUGGGCUGUCCACCGUAUUUAUUUCCUACGCCUCCGCCUGGUGUGUACGCGUCACCACCUCCACAACCUACUCCAUGGUCGGGGCCCUCAACAAACUUCCCAUCGCUCUGUCUGGCCUAAUGUUCUUCGGCGACCCAGUCACCUUCCCCAGCGUUUCCGCCAUUGCGAUUGGUUUCGUCAGUGGUAUCGUGUACGCUCUCGCCAAGAUCAAGCAGAACGCCAAACCAAAGACUGGCAUCCUCCCUACCUCCAACCCUCCCGUCAGUGCCAGCGCGCAAAGCAUGAGAGAUGGAUUCAAAUCGUGA